UUCAGCUUUGAGCUUGUUGUAUUGAGUUAUGCUUCAUUCUAGUUUUAUGUUAAUUUCAUUUCUUGAGUAAUAGUAUAUUUAUUUGUUGGGUAAAAGAAAGAGAAAAACAUUAAAAAUGGCUUUAAGGACAUACGGCGAUAAGCCGAUCAGUUUUCAAAUUGAGGAAGGCGGCGAAUUUUAUUGUGUUGGAUCUGAGGUGGGAAAUUACUUACGGUUAUUCCGUGGGUCACUCUACAAGAAGUACCCUGGCAUGGCCAGGAGGACCCUAACAAAUGAAGAACGAAAACGAUUAGUCGAUAAUGGGUUAGGGCCGCAUGUUCUGUCUAGCUCUGUAUCACUGCUGAAGGCAUCUGAAGUUGAGGAUAUUAUCGAAGGGAACGAUGAAAAAUAUAAAGCAGUAUCUGUUAGUCAAGAACUUGCCACUCCUCGUGAGAGCAAGAGCAAGAAGCCGCAUAACCCAUCAUGGCUACCAGUUAUGCCAAAUUCAUCCCAUUUGGAUGCGGUUCCACAGGCUACUCCAAUCAGUAGAACUAGAGUUCACAAUAAGAAGGUUAGAACUUUCCCACUCUGUUUCGAUGAUACGGAUAUGACGGCAAUGCUUGAGAAUUCUUCUCAGAAACAAAUCUUGGUACCGAUCAGACUAGACAUGGAGAUCGAGGGUCAGAAGUUAAGAGACACAUUUACAUGGAAUAAGAAUGAAUCAAUCAUUACUCCAGAGCAGUUUGCGGAAGUACUUUGUGAUGAUCUGGAGUUGAACACAAGCACAUUUAUACCAGCGAUUGCAACAUCUAUUCGUCAGCAAAUUGAUGCCUUCCCGAGUGAACCUCCCGCUAUCUUGGAAGAGCAAUCUGAUCAAAGGGUCAUUAUUAAGUUGAAUAUUCACGUGGGAAACACUUCUCUUGUUGAUCAGGUUGAAUGGGAUAUGUCAGAGAAGGAGAAUAAUCCUGAACAAUUUGCGAUGAAACUGUGUGCAGAAUUGGGUCUAGGGGGUGAAUUUGUGACAGGUAUUGCAUAUAGUGUGCGGGGGCAACUCAGCUGGCAUCAGCGCACAUAUGCAUUCAGUGAAGCACCAUUGCCUAUAGUGGAGACGCCAUACCGUCAACAAUCAGAAGCCGAGCAAUGGGCUCCAUACCUAGAGACACUGACUAACGCUGAAAUGGAGAAGAAGAUCCGCGAUCAGGAUAGGAAUACAAGACGUAUGAGACGUCUUGCAAAUACAACUCCUGAUGUAUCGUUGAGCCGCGCUGUCAAUCGGCUGAUCCGAGCAGACGAGGCGCUCUUCCAGAAUACGCCUGAGAAGAGAAGAAAAAAGAUUUAAUCACUCAACGCGACCAGUUAACAUCUUCGUCUAAAAUACGUUGAGAACAUACAUUUAUAUUGUUAUUAAUAAAAAAAAAAAAUCGAAUACACUAUUGUAGUAAGAUAUUUCAGCACUAUUGAUCGUUUUUGGGAUUUAAUUGAUGGGUUUUAUCAGUUCAUUUACAUGACGAUGUUUUAAAAAACAAUAAUAAUUCAGCAAUUAUUUCUAUCUAAAUACAUUCUAAGCAACGUUCUUUCUUUAAUAAAAAUAAAUAAAAGCGAAGAGAUUGUAACUAUUUUUUUUUAAUAAAAGUAGCUUGUUACUUUUUCAAGCUUCAUAUUUAUGAUAUAAUCCGAAUUAAUUAAAUUUCAUACAUAUUUAGUUUGUGUAUUGACAGAUCUUUGAAGGGCUGAAUGAGAUCGUGUAACACAGCUUGCAUAACAGGCACGAGGGACAUAACAUCUUGUUCCCAAUGUUGGUAGUGUAUUGGCGAUGGUGACGACUUAUACCAUACCAUACCAAAAAGCCAUUUCCCAAUCUGCCUUUCCAUUUCAUAUUAAAAAAAAAAACAGGUCGUUAAGGCUCAAGCACUCUCAGCAAUGAUUUUGUUUUGAUCUACUAGCACAAGUGUUACUGAAACAUUUAUGUCUAAAGGUUUCAACUUGACAAAUUAAAGUUUAUAUGAUAUAACAAUAAGACAUUCCUGUAAGAAAUGAAAGCGUGUAGUGUGUGUAGUUGCGUUAGUUUGUCAGGAAAUUAGAAAUUCAUAUUUAAAUAAGUCUAACUGUCGUUAACGGUCGUUUUCGAUUUUUGAAUGGCUAUUCUCGACUUGUCCGCCAAAUAACAUUGAAAAUUAAUGCAAUAUUAAAAAAAAAAAACCUUUAAUUUUUAGUGUGUUUAUUUUCGUAUAUAUGUUGAAUAAAUAGAAAUAUCAAACAUUUCUUUGUUUCUUGAGUUGGACUCGAUCUGAAAUAUUUUAAUCUUUUGAAAAUAAUCCACAUAACUUAGUGGUAACUAGUGUCUACUAAUGUUUGUC